CCCUCUAUAUUCCUCGACAUCCGCCCUUGCCACCUAUCCUCUCCAUGGCUCGUCGCAACGCAAUUCAGAGGCCAACAACUCACAGCCCGAACCGUUCACGUAAUGGGCCUCGACAACCCCCAGCGCAUCCGCCGCAACCGACAGCCACCCCAGAUGCCACUAACAAGGUGUACAUCUGGGAGACCAAUCUCAAGAUGAUCCGACGUCGGGAACCCACCGUCCAGAAACUCUUCGACUGUUUCCACCAUGUUGCACUCUAUAGCUGUGAACCGACGACAGAGGGCGAGGACGAGACUCCCAAAUGGGAGAAGAUGCCCUACGAAGGAUCUAUGUUUUUGUUUCAAAGGGAAGACUACCCUCAUUAUGGCUAUUACAUCUUAAAUCGCGUCGGUGGCGAGGAUUGGGUAUCCUACAUUUACCCCGAGGAUAAUAUAGACGGCCCCGACGGCUCUUCGUACACCUACCACUACACAUACCCCGACUUCACCAGGGCCCGCAUGGCGAGGAUCUACGGGCGUCCUCCGACACCACGGAGCGAUGCACGCGCGGUUAGGGACGUUCCAAGAAAGGCCAAGCUCCGCAAGGUCAUAUACGGGUUGUGGAUGCACGUCACCCCCACACGCGAACCAUUGACAACAGUACUACCCAGACUACUUCACUACAUCAAGCGCGGCAAGCCUUACCCCGAGAAAUACCAAUAUGGCCCGUACAGAGAACCCCCUCCUCACGGACAAGCACCCGAGGAAGAAACCUCGGUCCUCCAGAACGCUUCUCGUUCCGACAGCAGUAGCACUCGUGAGCACGGGGCAGUGAGCGGCGCUCCCCGUCGCGUGUACGUCCCAGCAAGUGCCACGAGCAUUGCCGAUGAUGCAGAAGACGAGCUGGAGGGAGAGGCCUCAUACUCUUGGGUGUCGGAUGAAAUUGCACCAUCUGACUCGAUAUCGGCUGUGGGCGCCCAGUCGCAAGAUCGUCAACAACCCCCGCAAUAUCAUAUGCCACAGAGACAUGGCCAAAGCCUUUCCGAGGUGGAUCGACUGUUCUUCAACAUGAACAUGAACGUCGGAAACUCGGCCGUCACUGCCCCCGCAGCCUUGCCAAAUUUGAACACAGAACAGAAGUUGACAGUCGAGGGCUUAUUUGCCGCGGUAUCGGGUACCGGGAACGCUCAUACUGGAAGCACGACGAUUCCGAUAGCGCAACCUCCGCAACCACCUCAGGCACUCGAACCACAAGCCGUGCCGCAUUCUGGUCCUGCACUCCUUGCUUCUAUCUUUGCUUCCGCUACAGCCCCUGCUCCCGCGUCCCAUACUGCUCCCACCCAUACCGCACAUAUCGCUCCUCUGGUUGGUUCAGAUCUGAAUCAGUCAUUCCGCUUCCCACCCCCACCAUCCACCGCCCACUCCACGACGCUACCUUUCCCUAUCUCCCACUCCUCGACGCUCUCCCAACCUUCAUACGCGCAGAACGCCGGACGGUACCCACAAUCGCAACAAUCGCAGCUCCCCCAAGCCGGUUACGUCACUAAUUCUCAAACCCAGACCUAUCCAUCGUCACAUUUGCCCGAUCCUGAGCAGGUUCCCCAGCCAUCCACGCCUCAACACCCAGGCCCAGCUCCCUCCAUCGUUUCCCCGCGUCCGACUCAAGGAAGUGUCCCUCAAAUCCUGACUCAGGACGUGAUCUACUCACUUAUGGGUUUACGGUCUGGUUCAGCAUCAUCGGCGUCUUCAUCGGCUGUCGGCCAUGCAAGUGACAGAGGCGGGUUACAAUCCGGGCAAUCCAGCUUGCGCUCAGGUUACUCGAGCACUACCUCUGGGACAUCCCGUCGUUCGACAAACGGCUCCUCUCUCUCCCGCUCGUAUGGAGACAACGAGCUUGAUUCAGGAGGACCGAGCACCCCUGCGUCUGAAGCCGGGCUUUCCGAGUCAUCUACCGUCCUUGACGUCGAAGAUCUCGCCGACAUCUCGCUCCAAUCCGCUGGUGCUUCUGCUGGCGUUCCCCUUCUAGCCGUGCCCGGACUUCCCGACCUCAACCCCGAUCCGGGCUUUGCUCACGGACGCCGUGCCACUGGAGCAUCUUUACACGGAGACGCAACACCGCGCAUGGUGUCGCGUCCUAUGCCCACGCAAUCAACGUCUAGCCCACCUCCCGAGCCUCGCGGCUCAGGUUCUGCGAAGGCUUCUGGCAUAGGUGCCACUGCAAAGAGGUCGGAAUUCCUUACGAGUAACUCGUCGAGCUCCUCCCUCAACCGCACGCCCCGCGUUGCCGCCUCAUCGCUGCCGGGCCCCUCCACCCAGGCUGAGGAAGUGAUGUCGCCACCCGCAACCGACGUUCCGAUGCCACCACGCUUCGGGGAUAGCUCCGAGCUUUGGCCGCAGCCGCUGCACGAUGGUGCCACGAGGAUAGAUGGUAUCGUGGAGCUGGACUUCGCGGAUACAAGCGUGUUGAGUGACCCGGACGCGUUUGAUUCCGCCGCAGCCGGAAGGCAUAAGACGAGGGACAAAGGUCGCAAGGCGGGAGGGAUUGUCGUUAAUGGGUAUGGCGAUACCGCAACUGGCCAGAAAGAGAAGGGGAAGAAGAAAGCGAAGAGGUCCGAGGGCCAAGCUUCAGACUCGCUGUCGUCCAUCGCCACUCACAGCCAGCCAUUGCCCAACGGCGCUCCCUCCUCCAAGAUCCCGUCGAACAGCAAUUCUGACGCUGCUAUCGAUACCUCAGCUGCUCGGGAUGCUCUCCUUCAGUCGGUCUUGGCGCAGGUCAAUGGCAACUUCAAGGGCCUGAGCCGUAACGAUUUUGUCCGGGAAAUCUUGACUUUGAUACACACCGACAAGAACUUUAUUGAUAGGAUGUACCGGGAUUACCUGGAACGCGCCGCAUGACUGUAUCCAGUAGGACAACGUCCCGCUUGUCCCGCUUGACUCGCUGAGCACACUCAAACGACUAUUCACGACGACCUACACACUUAGUGCCCACGCAACCCGUUACCGCUCAUUCUUGUAUCUACCCC